AUGGGCAGCUCGGGGCUGGGGCUGGGUGGCAAGGACUUAGAAGAGGCCUCGGGAGAAAAAGAUUUCCUGAGCCAUUUGUGGGAGUUUCUCUUCCACAGGAUGAUCCCCAAGGAGCAGAGGGAGCCAGCGAUGGCUGUCCCGGGGGACCUCACUGAACCAGAACUGUCUCUGACCUCUCCCACAGUCCCUUCGCUGGACCUGGGGAAGAAGCUGAGUGUGCCUCAGGACCUAAUGAUAGAGGAGCUGUCUCUACGAAACAACCGCGGAUCCCUCCUCUUUCAGAAGAGGCAGCGCCGGGUGCAGAAGUUUACCUUUGAGCUAUCAGAAAGUUUGCAGAGCAUGCUGGCGGGUAGUGCCCGAGGGAAAGUGGCUGGCAGAGCGUCGCAGGAGAAGGUUCCCAAUGGCUUGGAGGAGCAGAACCACCACACGGAGACGUUUCAGGGGUCACCUGGGGACCCCAGACUUGCCCAUCUGGGAGCGGCUGGGACUGAGUCGGUCCGUAGUCCAAGCGCCCUGGCACCAGGCUAUGCAGAGCCGCUGAAGGACAUCCCACCGGAGAAGUUCAACCACACGGCCAUCCCCAAAGGCUACCGUUGCCCUUGGCAGGAGUUCAUCAGUUACCAGGACUACCCGAGUGGCAGCAGGAGUCACACCCCCCUCCUCCGUGACUAUCGCAACUUCAACAAGACCCCAGUGCCAUUUGGAGGACCCCACGUGGGAGAGGCCACUUUCCACGCAGGCACCCCCUUUGUCCAGGAGCCCUUCAGUGGCUUGGAACUUCUCCGCCUCAGGCCCAAUUUCAACAGGGUUGCUCAGGGCUGGGUCCGGAAGCUCCCAGAGUCUGAGGAGCUGUAACCUCAGCCUGGAGUUACAAUUCCCUGGGCUCAAGGCUCAAGAAACAUCGUGCUUGUCUUGAUUUUGCUUGCCUGCUUUUCUUUCUUCUUUCUUUCCUCCUAUGCACUCUCCCCCACCCCCAGUAUUUCUUUCCUCCCUUUACUGAGACAGGAUCUCACUCUGUAUCCUAGACUGACCUGGAACUUGUAGCUCAGGCUGGCCUUGCCACAGUUUCCCAAGUGCUAGGAUUACAAAGUGAGCAUAUGAAGCUGACUUCAGCUUGUGAAGAGCUUUUACACACUGACCAUUAUUAGAUAUAGCGUUUCAAAGGUCAAUGAGUUCACUAAUCGUCAAAGCAGAUGUGCAUCAAACGUUGGAUCUAAUGUGGAUUUGGAACCGGCCCCAGACUCAGUCUCAGAUUGGCCUGUGAUAGGAGCUAGUAUCAAGUACCCCAGGUGACCCCGUGUGUGUGCAUAUGUGGGGCCCUAUGAUAUGUGUCUGUAGGAAGUCAUAGCGAUGCCGGCCUCUGCCUGGCCCUAGCACUUCCCUGGUGGCAGAAUGCUCAGCAGUGGUCCAUCUACGUGUAGACUGUUCUGAUUAUUCGGAAGGAGUAACUCGGGAAUGCUGCUGGUUGUAGAAUGCUUGCCUAAUAUGCACAAAGCCCUGGCCUUCAUCCCUAGCACACUAACCAGGCGCAGCAGGAUUUGCUUAAAAUCCCAGCACUUGGGAGACAGAGGCAGGAGGACUGGAAGUUUGAGGUCAUCCUUGACUAGAUGGUGAAUUUAAGGCCAGUCUGGGCUACACAAGACUACCUUAAAAGAGAAAAAAAAAGCUAUAUCUCUGGCUGGCUAUGAGCUGUGGUAGAGGAUAACCUUGAACUAAUACUCCUGCCUCUCCCAGCUGAUUGACAGAUGUGCACCCCAUGACUUUCCCAUUUAGUAAGACCCAGUUGGCUUUCAUCUGUGCAUGCUCUCAGCAUUUCUGGAACAUGUUCCAUGCUAGACAGUGCCAGGCCCAAGUCUCAAGAAGGACACGAUUAGGAAGUGAUGUGUAAGGCAGUUGUAUACUGACAGCUGAGAGCAAAGUGACCUGGAUGAGAAAAGCCCUGAGUGAGUUAGUUGGUGGGACUCCAGAAACUUCCCAGAAGAUGUGAACCAGACCUUAGAGAAGGAACGAGAGCCCACCAAGAAAAGAGGGUGUGAUAUAAGGUCAUUUUUGGUAUGUGUUGAGCUGAGAGUCGAAGUGAGGUGUUUUGGAGAGGCGAGGCUGUAGUAGAGACAGAGGCUCUGCUGGUUAAGAGUGAGGAGUUAGCAUGGCCUCAUUGACUGCUGUGUGGUGCCCAGGAGCAAGGCUAGACAGGAAGUUCGCAAGGGGCAAGGCCUGGAACAGGAGGGGAUAAAAGGGGGUGGGGUGGGUAUCAGCUUGUGAUGUCCUUCAUAGAACAGGGACAAAGUGGGACACGUAAUGACACCAUCCUAUUCUCCAUUCUGAACAGAUCCUAGCCCAAGUGAAGGGGCUGUGACUGCUGAUAGUGAGGUGUGACAAUGUCUUGGUGGCUUGCUCCAUACCCCGUUCCAUAGAUGUGGCCAUCCACUCUCUAGAAUGAAAGGAGCAGAACUGAAGAAGCGAGGGCCCACCGAAGUAUCCCGAAAAAGAGACCCAUUGCUCUGGCUGAGCUGAUGGCCACUCGUUCUGGGACCGAGGAACAGUGUCCCGCUUUGUGAUUUAGGGUUUAAUAGCGGGGGCUUGGACACCCCACUAGCUGGGAUUUGGUUUAUCUGAGUGGUAUGAACUUGGGAAAGCCACUUCAUGCUGAGCCUCUGCUUUUCCAUCUCUAAGGACAAGUUUAGGUCUCUGCAGGGUUUCAUAGCGCAGUGUUGGGCAGUCACAGGGGCUCCAUGUCAGGUGUCUUGCCCUAUCCAUUCUGUUGGAAUAGAUCUGCAGUGGAUUUGGUUUAUAAAGAAGGCUGUGAGAAUGCAGGAUUCAGGUCAGUGUGAAUGAUAGACGACAGAACCGUUCCUUUUGACAGGAACCCUUGGCUAGGCUGGACAGCGCAGUAGAUGUUUUGUUCUGUGGAGUUUUACUGCCCUUCCUGGUUCCAGGGAACCAGUAGCCUGAGUCUUGGGAUUCCUCAAAAUUGGUGUUUUCUCUUGGAUUUGGGGCUGGCUGUCAAAGCCAAGUUUCCAUAAUUUAAAGACCAACACCAUCUAGCUAGUAGGGGGACUUGUAUGGCCUGUAGCUCUCAAAUCUACCUGACAAGCACAGAAAAGAUUCUGGAAGGUAGGGUCCUGCCCUCCAAAAUAGGUCACAUUCCUUCUCCUGACCUGUUUUUUUGCUACUUAAUAGUGACCAGUAUCUGUCCGACAUGGCCCAUACCACGCACCGUCUCCCCUGUAUCUCCUCUGUACCUGCAGACUGCAGGCAAACAACUGGUCUUUAGUGGAACCACCCUACAUGUGCUGUUACCCAACAAGGAAAAGUUUGGAUCCUGAGGAAGCAAAUAAACACUUCAAGUAUUUUGGGGGCCUAACAAGUCCUUCAUCAAGCCUAA